AUGGGUAAUGCACCAGCGAAAGAAACACGUUCUCCAUCAGGAUCCUUUUCAAAAGACAACGUACCGUCGCCCAAGUCUUUGGUGGGGUUGUCUAAAAGGAAGAAAGAGAGAGAUAGGGAAAAACGAAGACAGAAGGAACAGCAUAUGCUGGAUCUAAUAGUUCGCUAUCAGGAGAACGUAGACGGAGGCUAUUUAGCACCAUAUGGAAACUACAAAGACGGUCUGAGCUACAGAACAGAUGUUGUUCGAGAAUUGAUAAUUGAGAGAAAAUUGGCUCCAUUUUAUACACCCUUGGAAGAUUUUGACGAACAAUGGACAGAUGGUGAACUUCUACGCCGGCUUAAGUGCCUUAAGCUGCAUGCUCCAACAAGUGAGUUGCUAUUAGAUGAGGAUGAAGAUCCAGAUGAUCAUAAAAUACACCAAAGUGCUAAUUCCAUGCGAAGAAAAGAACAUAAAGCAUUCAAACGUCAUCUCUCUGAGAUGUCGAUAAAGUUUCAGCGAGAUGCAGAGUCUCGAUUCACCAGAGACAAAUCAGUAAGUGAGAGUGGGAUCAAGACUUAUCCAAACAUUCCCUCAGAUGACCUUCUUUUGACACUAUACCGGAAUGCUAUUGAAUGUCCUAUAUGUUUUCUUUAUUACCCUCCUAACCUCAAUUUGUCGCGAUGUUGUGUUCAGCCGAUAUGUACAGAAUGUUUUGUUCAACUGAAACGCCUGGACCCACAUCCCCCUCAUGACGAAGGAGCUGCGCCUAAUAGUUCCGAUGAAUCGGAGAAAUAUUCUGAUGAGCUCAUAAGCGAGCCGGUCAAUUGUCCUUUUUGCGCAAUGUCUGAUUUUGGUGUGACUUACUCACCACCCAACCUAUGGACUGGUAUCGGCGGACGGCCACCGAGGGAUUUCAACCUUUUACCCGGCGUGAUUCACGAAGAUCCAGAUACACCCCAAGGUGCCAGUCGUUCUUCAGAAUGUCAGAGGAAAGCAUCUCUUGGCUAUGCAAUGACGAAGUCUCACUCUGCAUCAGGUACCCCACCCAAAAGGUCUACCACCUUGUCGGAGUAUAGGAUGAGCCAAGGUCAAAAGAGUUACGAGGAUUCAGUAUCCAUGAACUCUAAAAAUAGUGAUAAUAGUUUUCAGAUCAAAAGCCUUGAGAUCCCUGACCCUGCUCGGAGAAGAAGAGGUUCUCUGCCUGCCACGGCGCCUGGCGUAAUUACAGUGGACCUCAUCCGUCCUGAUUGGGAACAAAAGUUACUGAACGCGAGAUCAAAACUGGCAAGAAGAUCUGCUGCUGCAACUGCUUUGCACGCGUCGUCCUUGAUCUAUGACCAAGAUGACUCUCACCGCACGUACACCAGCAGGUUCGAAAGGUCAUACCGGAGAAUCGACAGUUCAAAUGGGAACGAUCGCAAUAGUCAUACAAGCAUUGAGGAAAGAAUGAUAGAAGAAGCCCUCAAACUAUCAUUGCUUGACGAAGAAGAAAGAAAGCUGAAAGAGCGCUUGAAGAGAUAA